AGAUGGGCCCAGGUCCCAGCCAAAGGGCCAGGGCAGGCCGUGGGGUGCCUCGCCGCUCAGCCCCUGCCCUGCCCGGAGGGAGCUGCGGGCCGUCCCUCCUGGGGGGCUCCCGCUCUGAGCCUGGGGCGGCCGGUCGCCCUGAGGAGGGCGGGCGGCUCAAGAAAGUCUACGCAGGAGAAGGAUGAGCGCAAAAGGCAGAUGAAUUGCUUAAAGGGUUGGGGCUAUCUUCUUCCCCCUUCCCAUACAGUAAUCCACAUAAAAGCCGGGAGGAAAAAAAAAAAAAACCCUUCAUCUUUUUACUGUUCUAUAUAGUAAAAGCAUGACUUAAAAAAAAAAAGUCUUCACUGGAAAGUGUUUCAUCCUAUACAUGUAAAGGAUGUUUUUCAAGCAUGUUACUUAUCUGAAAAGCUAGGCUGGUAAAAGAGCAUCUUUUAUGUUGCUUUAGAAGGGGUUUAAACUAAACCUCAAAAAAGCAGCUCUCACUCCAGGCUAGGAUGCUGUCGCACAAACAGUUAUACUGACCCGCCUUCUCCAUCCGCAGUAAAACUUUCUGGUUACAGACAGACUGGACUGAUUGUGGAGCAGGUCUGUCCUCCUUCCCUCCCUUCCUGACAAACCCUUGUUGACGCCAAUUUCAUGCCAGAAAGACAUCUGGUUUUAAUAAAUUCUGGAAAGUACCUAAGGAGAAUCAAGGCUGGCAUAUGCAAGUCAAACAGAGGUUUCCUUUAAGUCACUCACUUCUCAGCAUUCCUAAUCUAGCACAGGCAGAGCCUUGAUUGCAUCACAAUUACUAUAAACAGGGCUUUUUGGUUUUUAAUCUCAGUCUGUCCUAUGAACAUUUCUGUAUCUUCCCCAUUUUGCUUCAUCUUCAGUUGCACGCAAUCGUCAUUUCAUUACGUUUUUUCCCAUAGAAACUAUUCAAAUCCUGUGCAAAUGUGUCAUAUGAAGAAUGAGCGAUUACAAAAUAGUUAGCCCUUCAGAGGGCUUUCCAGACACUUCUUCAUUUUCUGACAGACAUAUUUGAAAACACAUAUGUGAGGUGAAACAGAUAGGGGCAGGUUUCUGAAAACCAGUUUUGAAAUGGUAGGUUCCUUAAAAAUCUGACCAAGUCCACAUUUCACACGAACAAAUGAGCACCUCAGCUAAGCAGCCAGCUAAACCUGGGGAGGCCACGAAUCCACUGGUGGUGCCUUUGGUAUUGGAGCCCAAAGUGUCUGCUUUUAAGAACAUUUACAGGCGUCACAACUCUGACAGCCCUGAUGAGUUUCAUAUGCAUCCUAGCACCUACCCUAUCCUUAACAGAUUUUCCUGCGCCCAUCUUCAAACUGGUACCUUUUCCUCCUUUUAGGCUAAGUGAUACAAAAUUGGGACAAGAGUCACAUUACCUUGAAACACCUUGUAGAGGCACAUGAAUUAAAAAGGCUGGUUAAACCUACUAUAAUUCUGGAUGAGUGGUCACACAGUGCUUUCCUGUGGUUUAUUUCAACUUUGUCAUUAAUUUGGAUAAAUUUUUACCAGCUGUCAAGCUUUUAGAAGCAAGGAAUUCACAGCUUCAGAUACAGGGUUGGCUUGGCACACCUCACUGACUAAUGGGAAUAAUUGCACUUGGCAGAAGCAUCUGACCCCUUGGUGCAAAGGAUCUGUUCAUGCAAACGCAGUAGUAACUGCUUUUUCAUGUUCUUGUAUUUCCUGUGCUCACGACCCGUAUGGAAACCGUCUAGGUUUGCCACAUUGUAAAAUCUUGUGUAACAUUUCCAUGAUAAUGCUCUUUCAGCUGGUAUUCCCUGUUAAAGGACUAUGAAAAGGUGAACAGGAAUGGGAUAAUAGAGGAGAAUGGCUGUGAAAUAUUUUGCUUCCACUAUAGUUGUGUUGUUGCUAAAAAUGAAUUAAUAUGUUAUCUUGAAUAUAUAAGUAGUUUUAGUAAAGGACAUGGACAUUUCUUGGUACAAGUAGCAAACUUCAAAUCUGUAGGAAUUUGAAAUCAGUUUAGAGCACAUAAAAUGAAAUAUCAUGUUCUGAAGUAUUACAAAGUGAAACUCCCAUGUUGGUGACAGCUUUUUUUUUAAGCAUGCAUAAACAAACAGUGCUUUAACAACACGUAACAUAGGUAGCUCACAGUCCAGUCGUGAGAAUGGCUGAAAUAAGUAAUAGCAAUGCAAGACAAAAGUUUAGUACUAGAGAAAGCUUCUACUUAAAAGUUUCAAGUUCAAGUUAUAUCUUCAUUUCACAGUUGGUCAUUAUUAGUGCUGGUUAUUUUUUAAGUCAUUUAGUAAAAAUAUUCUAGCUUGAUCCUGGAAGCAGUAUAGCUUUAGAACAAUGCUCUGCCAUGAGAUAACACAACUGUACUUUUUCCUUCUUCCUACUAGCUUUUUGAGCCCUCGGGAAUUGUCAUAGCUAUCACAUCUGCUACAUAGUCACAUUUUGUGUUUUCCCUUGCGCAAUGUAGCCCUUUUUAAGUAUAGGUUUUUAAAAAAAAAAAAACCUAUGCUAGAAAACAGACUGUCUAUGAAGUGUGAAUGUAAGCUAAAUUCUUCUAUUCUUUUUUCUUAAUCACCUGCAACCAUACUGUCUCAAGAUGUGAUUACGGAAGCUCUCACAAGUGAGGUAGCGUAGUGUUAGGUUAGCACUGGAACGGACAGAUCUACCCCCAGGAAUGGAACUCCUACAGGAAACGUAACUGACAAUUCAGUACUAGAUGUGGGUUCCCCUUCCCUGAGGCAGCGCUAAGCUUAACUAGGGGUCUAAUGUAUCACUGGAAGGAGAGGAGAAGAAGUAAUCACAUCUCCUGAGAAGGUAUACAAAGGAUCUAGUCAUCUCUGGUAUAAUUGGCAUAGCUUUAAAUACUCAGAAGAAUAUUUCUUUUCUUUUUAGAAUAUUUUUCCUAAUUUUCUGAAUCAGCAAGAUUUUAGAGACCGAGAGCAAGGCUUCAUUUCUGAGUGGCUAUGUAUUUAUCCAUUAUGUUUCCUAUGUAUAAGUGAUGGAGAUGUGGACAGGAAUUCCACAUCCAUUGGGAUCAUUAAAUGGCUGUAUAGAGUUACCGGUUCAAUUCGGCAACUAUAGGACUAAUCUUAGAAAAAAUAAAAAUAAAAUUGUGAAGUUGUGUUCUGUUUUAGUUCUACAUUUAUUCCUUUUGUCAGAUUCUUCUCCUCUUUGAUAUAACUGAAAUUUUGUGCUUUGUUGAACAAGAAAUUACCACUGAAGUUCUGGAAGAGUUUGCCAUGAAGUGUUUUCCUUAAAGAUGAAUACUUCAAGAAACUUACAAAAUUGCAUUUUAAGUAAGAGGGUUUUUUUAGCAUCUUGUUAAUAGUUUCAGUUAAAAAGACUGUUGCAAAACAUAGUAAAGAACAGCUCGCUGUAAGAUCAGUAUGACUCAGGAACACAGCCUUAUAUUCCUUCAUUAUUACUAAGCAUCUUUCCAUUAUUUUAAUAUUAGGACUGUCCCUAAAGAGAGGAAUUUUAUGAAGCUUGCUCCAUGUCAUUACAAGCCUAUCAGAGGUCAUAUCUGUCAACAAUGAGACCGCAAAAUUGCCCUAUUUCACUUUGACUCAAUGCUAUUUAGCUAUUAAAAAUGUCUAUAAAUUGCCAUACACUUGUAGUAACCACUAGUCUGAAAUAGAAAGAAAACUGUAUACAGAAUUAGAACAAGCCAAAAAUUAUCAAGACUGCAUUUCAGAGUAAGUCUCCUUGGAGGUAAAGAACCUUCUGAUAGUUUAAGGAAGGUGUCAUUAGUCAGAAACAGUUCUUAGAAAUCUUUUCUUGAAUAUGUAAAUAAUAAUCAGUGUUCCUUCCCCAGUUAUCCCAUUUAAGUUACUGGUUUCCUGUAUUUCAUAAAGGCAUUCUGCUGCAGAAUGAUUUAAUAUUAGAAUACCAUGAAGGUGUUUAGUAUUAAUACCUGUAAUUGAUAGUAAAAUGAAUAUUUGUGCUUUUGAGGAACCUAGAUACGACACUGAGCCUGAUAAUGCAAAAAAAAUUGAGCUCAAGUUUCUGCAGUUGCAGCUGACAUUACCAGUAGCUGCAAUGGCAACUUUACAUGAAUCAAAGCAACUCAGGCUGUACUUCUGGCUUAUGCUUUGUGCUUCCUGGUUUCAGUGCACUGAUUUGGGAAAUUGAAGGUUCACCUUACUAACUCCAAAAUACUGGAGUUCUAGUGUGAUUUAAUAAGACAUAACCAGUCCUGUGCUACUGCAAAUAGGAGUUAAUUUUGUUCACAAGAAUGGCUACACUAAAUUUAAUGUUCAUCAUCAAAUCUGACUCUUAACUCUGAAUUCUCAGGAUCCUAUUGGUUCAGGUAAUAUUUGAAUCUUUUACAGGUUUACUACGAUUUUUUUGUUUGUUUUUAAACCUUCUCUUUAGAAAAAGAUGUGAUGCAAGACAUUUAAGAAACUAAGUGCCUACAAGCGUACCAAAAGGGAUGAAUUCUAAAAAUUUGCACUGAAAAUCUAAAUGAUUUCUUUCCUCUUGUGUUCAUGCUGAGAACGACAGAAAUGAACAUCAACUAAGUUUAUGUAUGAACCCAAAAUAGGCAUCAUUUUCACUCGUGUUUUUUCCUCCUUGACUUCCAGAUGACUUGCAUAUCAAAAACUGCCACUUCAGUUGACAUUCAUCUUGUCUUAACAGACUAACUGAAUCUAAACAUCAUGGACAAACAGCUGAGCUGUGAUCCCAGGAGUAAGAAGUUUUGCCUUAGCAGCAUUCAGUACUCUACUUCUGAACUCUAACAAACAGAGAAGACUUUUUGAAGUGACUCGAAACCUUUGCUUCCACCACAGUUCAAACAGUACUCCACUGUUUCUGUGUGCAGCUUGACCAUAUGGAAAUAGAGGAUUAGCAACCAGCAAGGUCCUAAAAAUGCAGCACUAUAUUUCCCCAGGAAGAGAAAAGGUCAUAUCCUGCAGUUUACAUAGAAACUAUCUCAUGUCAUGUAGUCACAGAUAUAACCGAAAGGAAGAUGUGACCCUGUCUGUUUACUUUUUUGCAUAGUUUAGAGAAAAGCAGCCACUUAAAACUUACAGUCACAUUCCUACACUGAGUAAAAACAAAUGAAUCAGUUGUCAUAGUUUACCUGCAGGCCCUUUCCAUCAGGGUUAAGGGCUGAGUCAGACCUACCCAUGGAUUAUUUGCCUGUGUUAUGCAUUACAGGCUCAUGAAGCCAAAGGAAAUUUUAAAGUCAGUAUCUUUGGCAGGAAGCAGUUAUUUAGCUACUAGACAUAGGAAAAGACUUUCUCUAUUAUGAACUUGCUGCAAGAGAGAUUACUUUCACAGUCUACUGGAAAUAGUUUAUUUUAUCCCCAUACUCAGAAACAAAGUUCUACUAUUACACAUAUCUAAUCUUCCCCCUUUACACUAUGUGACCAAGAGUGUUUGUAACUAUACAAUACAUACUAUACAAUAAAUAGUGGAAAAACAUUAGUUUGGAUCUUUCUGCUGAGCACUACCAGCAUAUAUUUCAGGCUGCUUUGCAUAAUAAAAUGAAUACAUACUUCUGUUGUAAUGGUUAUAGUGGAUGGUUUUGUUUUGUUUUUAAAGCAUCCGAAUGUUAUAGUUGUUUAAUGGAAGGGAGGGCAGCAGCAUGGAAGAGACUCUCCUUGGGGAGAGAAAAGGCAAGGAGUUGUGGGACAGACUCCCAAGCCAGUCGAACAGCGUUUUUGACCGUGGGCUAUAGACGAAGCCCAGUGCCUACCUAGUUGUCUUGAGCGACCUCCGUGUUAGUUUCAGAUCCCUUCUCUUCCCGCGAGCAUGAAGGCAGGGUUACACGGUUUCAUUCUCUCUACAGGAAAAAACUAGUCUGCUGCUGCCCCAGGACAUUUCUCUCUCAGGAAAGUAUUCAGAUCAAGGCUCGUUACAGUGUGUCUGGUGAAAAUAGGUCAAGUUUGGUAGUUGGCUGCCCUGGAAAGAACUGUGGAUGUGUUUGUGGUACGCAUCAAUACCUGUCCUAUUUAGAAGGACACUUGUAAGUGUGGACAGCAGCAAACCUGGCUUUGGAUUUGGGAAUUUUUAUGCCGCUGAAGAGAGUUAAAUAGAGGGAGUUUCCCCGCAUUUGAAUUAACCUUUAAAAAGAGGCUUUCCUCACAGUAUUUUCUGGCAAGCAUAAACGUUUAUACAGUGAAAAGGUCUCUUAAGAAGCAGUUUUUAAGAGGUCAGCUAGGACAAGUUUACUCUAUUAUAUGAGAUAGAAUUAAAAUAAAGACUGGAAGAGCAGUGGGAAUGAAGCUCCUAAGCUGUUCAGAUGCUGUAGCUGCCUCAGUGAAAGCUGCCUCAUCUUUCUUCAUCUAACCUAGUCACCCUCAGCUACCUCUAACCAGUAAAGAAAUGAAAACCUCCGGGAGACAAGGCAUCGCAUUACAAGAUAGGUCGCAUGAACCACCAUCAGGAAAAGCUUGUUUUUUUUAUGCAUCCCUCCAGGUUACCUCUGUUUGUGCCCUACAGUAUGCAGCUGUGCUGAGUUUACUUCCUCAGCAGCUUAGUGUUGUUCCCCCUCUCCCAUUUGUUCACUGGGAAAUCCCCACCACUGGAUUUUUUGGGAGGAAGUGGAAUGAAGUGUUACCUUUCUUAUUGGGCAGGGCUUAGUAACAGCAGAUUGUGCAAUACUUAAACAGAAAAAUAGUUCACUCUGCAUGAACCAGAGUAAGAAGCAGCAGGAGAAGAGAUCAAUCAAAGCUCAUACAGUGGCUGAAUCCUGAGUUAGGCUUAGGAGUAAUUAAAUAGCUAUGUAGAGAUAUGAUAACAUCCACACAGAGUCAAUUUAAUGUAUUAUAUGUCUAACAUUUUUAAUUAUACCUUUAGGACUAAAAUAUUUACAACAGUCUGUUUACCUGAUUGUUUUAUAGGUUCCCCCCACCCAACUUUUCUCAGAGCAAACUUUCAGAUUUUCCAAGUGUUCCUUCUCUCAGGAGGGAAACAUACUUACUGUUUGGCAUGAACUUAUAAGCUGGAAAAAGUGCCUCUGCCAAAGUCUAGUACAGAUACUCUCUACUGCUCCUUUAUCAGAUUGAGGGCAGCAGGAGCAAGAAGGAUGCAUAGACAGAGCAACAGCAGUACUGAGACUAUUGAUAUCAUUACAGAAACCAGUUAAUGGGCCAAAAGUCAUCUCUAGGCCACUACACCAACUAAUAUCGAUAUUGGAAUAACCUUUUUAUUGCCCCAUCCCAAUUUUAGAACAGAAUGUCACAGUGGUUUCAAAGAAGUGGACCUAUGAAUAUCAACCACUAUGCAAAUAAGAAGAGCGCUGCUGAGAGCAUGUUGGACAUUGCCCUGCUGAUGGCCAAUGCAUCCCAGCUGAAAGCCGUGAUGGAGCAAGGACCUUCCUUUUCUUUCUACGUUCCACUUAUCGUUCUUAUCAGUGUAUCACUCAUACUGCAAGUUGUAGUGGGAGUGCUCCUGAUAUUCCUUGUAAAAUAUGACCUUAACAACCCUGCAAAACACAGUAAGCUGGAUUUCCUCAACAACCUUGCAACUGGACUAGUAUUCAUUAUAGUGGUUGUGAAUAUUUUUAUCACUGCCUUUGGAGUGCAGAAGCCGGUGUCUGAGUCAACUUCAAGACAGUAAGUACAAGAGAUCUAAAGUAUUCAUUUUCCCAUAGACGCCAUUUGCACUUGAGCCAGUUACGUUCGGGCGCAGUAAAAAUAAUCUGAAGAAACUGGACACAGAGCAACUUUCUCAAGUUUCUGUCAACACGCACCUUUGUGUGCGUAGAACUUUCCGAUGUGUUAAUAUUUAAGCUAAUAUCUAAGGAACACUUGAUUUUGACCCACUGACUUUACUUUCCUGGAUCCUGGCAUUUCAAUUUUUGUAUAAACUAGUUAUUUUUCUGAUGAGUUUAUACCACUUCUCUAACAGGUAAAAAUCAACUGAUGGUAUCUACUUCACAGAUUUCAAGACUUGCCAUUUUCUGUGCCUUUUGUUUUUGCAGCAAUUUAACACUUCCAGAGUGGUAAGAAACUGGAGGCAUUCAGUUCUGGCAUGGUCACAUUGUCCUUAAUUUCACUCAGAUGGCACCUGGCCUGUGGUAUUGCACUACAUGGCAGCGGUUUUCCAUUGCAGUGCACCAAGAUAGCUCUGCCUUGGUUUUUUUUUUUUUUUUUUCUCCCCUCUCUCUCUCCCAGUUCUGCUCUUCAACUAAAGCAAAAAUAAAACAAAUAGAAAGAGUAGAGUAUCUUGUGUCCAGGUUUGCUCACAGAUAGUCAUUUGUUCUGCUACUUUGCCCCUGGACCAGUCAAAACUUUCCUCUCCUUUGUGCUAUACUCCAUCUUCCAUGCAAUAGCCAUAGUUCUGAAAAGCCUAAUAAGUGUUGCCAUUUCUAGGCCCAGCUGGAAAACUAGAGGACACAGAAUGAACUUUACUUGCAAAACUGGUUUCAAGGGCUUGACAGCAAUUCAAAUGGCAAAUGAAAGAUUCAUCCUUCCAUAGCCUGCUUUCUCCUCUUCCCAACACUGGCUUCUGCAGCUGUCUUGCACUCAAGACUUUAUGGCUAAUCUCUUCAUUAAUUUAUAUAAAUAUAGAGAUAUAAAUAUCCUCAUAGAUUCUUACCUGCUGGCUCAGGGACUGACACUUUCUCUAAAUACUUAAGAAUGGCUACAACAGAAGCAUUUUAGCCAUUUUACUGCCACACUAUCUGCCAUCAGAAAAAUUGUAGUUUAUUCUAGGGUGUGCUUAUUUGUAGGUACAGAUUUGUACUAAUACGUUUCCAUACUGUUAUAUUUUUAAAUGCUUCUUCCUGUACAUAUUAAUACAAGUAUGACUUUCACUGUCUCAUCUCAUUUACACUUUUUGAUAACACUGCUCUCUACUUGCAUCUCAUGACCCAGUUAUGCCCAGUGUCUUCAUUUACAUAUAACAUAAGCAUAAUUAGCAGAAAACAAAUCAGAAACUAGCACAAUUAAAGUGUAGACAACAUUUUUGAAUUUUGCAUUUUACCUUUUGUUGCUUCAUUUCAACUUAACAUGUAUUUUUCAGUAUGUGACAAACAAUGGUUUUAAUUGUGUGUUGUACAUAUGGAUUUAAACAUAAUUCAGAACAGCUGCUGAAUGAGGUACUCGGGAGAAAUGGCUUUAAAAAAAAACAAAACUGCUGAAGGACUAUUCAUCCAUACUUGUAUUGUAACAGUUUCAAUGCUGUACUGCAGUAAAUUGACUGGCCGAGUAGCAGUGCUGGAAACCUUACUAUUCUCCUUCCUUUUCAAAAUAGACAACUGUAGGCAGAGCCCUUCCAAGCACAAAACUGUGUGUGGCUCAGUGACCACCUUCGUUAUGCCAGGUUUUCACACAUUGGGAUAUUUGCCCUGUCUGUACACCUGACAUCAUUAGCUCUUUGAAGGCAUCUGCCUCUCCUCUCACUGCACAGGGAAUUUUGCACCCAAGGUAAAUGCCUGAAGUCAUUGCUUUGUGUCAUCCUGAACAGAUGACCAUUCUAAAAGGUAGUUUCUGAAAUGCUCUGCCUUUAACCUAGGCAUACACCAUGGUUUAUCAUUUUUGAUUUGAAUCAUUUUUGAUUGCCAAGGUAACAGUUUUUAAUAUUCUCUGUUGUAUUGUAUUUUUGUUUUGUUUUUUAAAAGCAAGAAAAGAUAGGAAAUGUUUUUCUGGCUUUUAGCUGAUCCUCUAACUUUUUGACUUACCCUUGAGGCAGAUGCAAAUAGAUAAAACACACAUGCUCUACUGAUGUAUACUCUGUUUAUACUAGGUGGUGAUUUGGCCCAAUUUUGAACACAUCUUUCCAUUCCUAUGCUGCUUAUUGCCACAGCCCUCCCUUAUUAGCACAAUUAGGUUUGUCUUGCACUGAAACACUUGCAAGCAGCCAGACUGCAGUACAGAAAUACCAAGAAGAUAUACCUUCCUGCUUCCCACAUCUCUCUGGCUCUCAUUAACUCCAGACUUAGAUAUUCCCUCAUCCGUUCCACUUGUCUCUUCAUUUCUCUUCAGUGCUUUGUACACCCUCCCUCAGUUCCUUUCCUAUUUUACUCCCCUUGUUACUAGGCCAUAGUUUUUCAGGUCACUCAAGUGAACAAGCUGUUGCAACAGUUUUCUCCCCCCAAAAAUAUAUCACUAUUCUUAUGAUAUCUUUGCCGCUAGAUUGUUGUCCACCAGAAACUACCAAAGCGUGUGUAAUCCAUCUCCCAGUUACUUAUGCUGUAGCAAAGGAAAAUAGCUAACUGGAUCCAGAAAACUAGGGUAUAAAACAUGAACUAAGUGAUGACAUAUCUACUACAGAUUCCAAUGGACUUUGCAAGAUGUGGGUCUGAGGACACACAGGAGGAAAAGAAACAUCCUUAAGCUUGAACACAUUCUUGAUGUCAAGAGCUGAAUACAUGGAUCCACACUAAGAGACAGGUGCCUAUUCUCUUGAAGUCUGCCAGAGCCAGACUUAGGACAACAAAACUGUGAAUCCUGUUUCCAUUCUGCCUCCUGAAUGCCUGUAAGUGACAGCAGCGUCACAACAGCAAUACUUGCAACUUCCAAAGACCUGGUUGCUUCUGUCAACCCUAAACACACGAAAGCCUGACCUUAAAGCCAUCCAACUGGACAGAAGAAUGUACUGGGCAUCAGCAGUAUUCAACUCACAUUUGAAUGUCUUUUUAAAUAAAGAGGAUACUGGUU